UAUGUUGCCUUACUACUCACCCAAGUCCCCAAACUAAUCAAGUGAAAUUUUCAUACACAAUUUUUUCUCUGAGCAUCAAAGUCAUUUUUUAUGGCUAGCUAUGCAUUGAUUAAGCUUGCUGUGUUUGUGGCCUUGUGCAUGGUGGUGAGUGUACCCAUAGCCAAUGCCAUAACAUGUGACCAAGUGUCCCACAACCUCGUUCCAUGCCUAGACUACUUGAGGAAUUGCGGUGCUGUCCCUGAACCUUGUUGUAGAGGAAUUAGCAACCUCAAUGACUUGGGAAGAACCACCGCUGAGCGCCGGACCAUUUGCAAUUGUCUGAAAGAGAAUGCUCCUAGCUUGACCGGAGUUAAUCCAACCUUGGCAGAAGAGCUUCCCGCCAAGUGUGGAGUCAAUGUUCCUUACAAGAUUAGCCCCAACCCAAACUGCGCAAACGUGCAGUGAACUUGAUGGGAGAUUAAUUUUUCGGCCCCAAAUAAUAUGAGAAUGAAAACAAAGUGUGAUUCCUCAUCGUCCCUAGUACUUCGAUUUUCAUCCACAUGGUGAUGAAUAUUGUAAUACUUAUAUGGAAUUUAUAAUAAAAGAAAUGUUGUUCUCUUUUCUCUUUUA